GUUCUUGUUAUGCUCCGCCGUGCCACUUUUGCAAUCGAUCCACUGCCAUCCGCCGCCGCCGUCUUAUGUAAAUCCUCGACUCCCCCCCAAAUCCACGAAUCUCGGUUCUCAACUCAAUUAAACCCCUGCCCUAUCAUUCCCUGAUGUCAAGUGGUUCUUGGUCUUGUGCCUGUCAUACUAUAUUGCCUACUUUACCUACUUUAUCUGAGCGUCUAGCUCCGUCCUAUCCUCACCUUUCGUCCCGUCUCAUCUCCAUCUCCGUCGCUCUUGCUUCGCUCGUCGCCCAUCACCCGUUACCCGUUACCCGUACAUCCGCGUACCUCCCCUGCGCUCCCUGAAUCCCGCCCUGUUCCGAGAACUCCGUUUCCGUCUCCCUGUAGCAAAAACGAACGACUCUAAACGGCUUCGCAUCCAUUUCAUCACUCAAUCAAUCAUCACAUCCGCAUUCUCAAUUAGCGACACUUCUCCUCUCUUACGAUCCAUCCCUCUCCAACCAUGCCCAUCCGCAACCCCUUCGUUCGUCGCCCUGGCAGCAUCGUCGUCCAGGACGAAAACAUUCGCCCGGAGCAGGAUCACCCUCACGUCCCCGGCUUCGAGCGAGUCGACACCAUCGGCUCCAAGGCAUCGUCCGGUCUCAGCAUCCGCAGUACCAAGGGCCGUGAUAAUGGCGAAUAUAAAAUGAGUGUUGUCAACGAUAGUGGCGUCUAUCUCCCGCCCUCACCGACCGAGGAAAAGGGCCAGUGGCCCCGCAAGUACCUCACGACGCGCACCUCUACCGACACCCGCAGCAGUUUCGGCGACAUUGAGCACUUCUCCAUCUCCCGAGAGUCCUUUGACUCGUAUCGCAGAUCAUUCGAUAUUUCGGCGCGAUCUCCCAUCGCAAACUCCGACCUUCCUGGCCGUCAGAGUCUCGACUCUGCCCGAUUCCCUCGUCUCCCCCGAUCAGCGAUGGACCGAUCGUUUGAGCGACAGCCCGCCACCGCCGAGGAAGCGUUCGAGGAUGUUGGACUUGAGGACAAGCAACCCCAGCCCCGGAAGCGCGGCUUCUUCUCCAAGUUCUCCGAUACCCAAGAAAAGGACGCCUCAGUGCAGCCCGCUGUCUCCCGCUUCCUUAUCCAUAGCCGCAAGAGGGCUCCCAGUGGACAGGGCGCCGAGCUCGGCUCGAUCGACCAGCCGAAGACGAACCCAGAAGGCCAAGAGAUGCACUGAGUGCUGCCGCCGCGAGCAGCAACAGACGUUUAUUCGAUGAUGUAUUAAGAUACCUGGCUUUUUAUUACUGCGGCGUUAUCGGUAACCGGGUCGGAUCAUGCCUAGAGACGCAUUCGUUGCUGCAUUGGGUACAACAUGGAUAAAAAGCAGAGUACACUCGCUUUGGUAGGGCCCGAGGAAGACUGGAGAAUCAUGGACAGAGGCAAUAUUUGUCCCAGGAGAAGGAAGACAACAUGAGCAACCAAUUAAUGUUAAUGAGAUGAGAUACGCGAAUCAAUGAUAUAAGAUCCGCAAUACCCAAUGCCAGGUGUCAGACCCUUAGUGCAGCUGUGAUAGCCAACCCGGAGUGAGGAGUGAGUCUCGG